AUGGAUGAGCGCAGGUUCUUAGAGAUGCGGAAACAAAUUGACGAAAAUAAUGAAGAUGUCCGGGAUUUCUUGGAUAACAUGGAUCAAUGGCGCCUGGAUAUGGAGAGAAAAAAUGCACAGUUACGUUCUGAAACCAAAAAACAGGAUGAUUUGCCUCAUAUUCGCAAUGUUUUACAUAAGAAAAAGAAAAAGCGCUCGAAUCCUACCACAGUUUCUACUGAGUUGAAAGCCACUAAUUCGUGUCGUAUUAAAUCGGAUGACUACAAGUCGUGGGAUUCGUUUGAUGUUGAUAAAGCACUGGACGCUAUUGACGAACGUGAGGAAAAAGGCGCUUCCGGAGAAAGCGAAACAGAUGAGGAAUGGGAGGAUGAAAGGCGAAUCAAGUUGGCAGACAUGGAAAAGGAGCAGGGAAACGAGAGUAAAUAUGAAGAGGCGAUCGAACACUACACUUCCGCCAUCCGGUUAUCACCGGAGAAUCCACUUUUCUACUCAAACCGAGCUCUGGCGCUUUGCAAACUAGAGCGUUUCGCUUCCGCUGAGGCCGAUUGUUCCACCGCCCUCAAGAUUGAUCCAAACCUAGUCAAGGCUCUCUAUCGGUAA